AUGCAUGAAGCCGUCAACCUUGUCUCGUUCGUCAUCAAUGCGGCAUCGGCGGCUUUGACUACGCCCAGGGCGAGCGACGCCGGAAACUCGAGCUUCAGCGGGGCCGAAAAUUCCCGCGCCAGCACUGCAUCCGCUCUCCGCGACGCUGCUGCCGCUCAGGUCUUCCCCGCCCAACCUCCUUCGCACUCCUCCCGCCUCACUUCGCCGCUCCCGCCCGCGCGUGGCUGGGCCACCAUUGCUGCUGCCCUGCCUCGUCCCCUUCCUCACUCCAUCCUGCAUCUAAGCGCUGCGCGCGGCUCGCUGCCUCCCACUUUCGCUGAACAGCCGGCAUCUUCCAAUUCUCCGUUUGUCGCGCCUCGCCCGCUCCUGCAAUUGCCACGUGUCCAGGCACGACCCGGACCUUUCCUCAUCAUUCUCGCUGUCGCCCGCGCUGCACUCGCAGCUCCUACGUCAGUCUCGCAAGCCACACUCGUGGAAGCCCUUGCUCUCGCCCGCACGGUCGGCACUUCGAUCCGCUUAGACCGUCGCACCGGCGAGCCUCUUGUCGGGUAA